UCUUCUAAGCAUUACAUAUUCCUUAAGAAAUAUAUUUUUUAAAUUUAACAAACUUUUGGAGCACGAUUUCAGUAACGAGUAUUCGCCGUUCGCGACUUAUUCGAAAAAUAAUUUGUUUAAAAUUGGAUUCGCCAGCCAUCGUGAAAUGAUAUCUUUGAAUACGGUCUAAAUCGGUUCAGCAACGAAAAAUCAAAAUAUUAUAUUUUUUACUUAUAUCAUUAUUAUUGCAAUCGGAAUUGGAAUUGGUGGUGCACGAAAAAUUCAACAAUGGCCUCAAGGGGACCUCCACAGAAUGGUCCGAGCCCGUUCGCCUAUCAUUCCCAUUCUCAUAAAUCUUUUGCUAUAGACUCAAAGCCGAAAUCGCACUCUCUACUAGGGCGCACCGCCCGUGACUUGGACGAGGAGCUCGUGAGGCUCCGUAACGAGAACUUUAAUCUGAAAUUGCGUCUCUACUUCAAGGACAAUGGCGGCGACCACGCCAAGAACAAGGAGCUCGAGGAUGCCAAGACCGUGAUCCAUGCAUUGCGCAUGGAGGUCCUCGAAAAGACACAGCUGCUCCAGGAAGCUGCUGACGCUAUGACCGAGCACGAAGAUCGCGAAAAGGAGUUCGUUCGCGGCAGUCAAGCCAAAAUCGCCCAGCUCGAGAGCUGCAUUGCCCAACUGAAGAAGGAGGCACCAUUGGAGACCCUUUUCACUCGCGAAAGCCACAAUAUCAAAGAGACACCGUCUCCUUCGGAGCUGGUGAAGCGCAAAAUGGAUGACUUGCACGAUUCCCAACUGGAAAUCGAGCAAUUGACGCAGCAACUGACUGAGCGUGACCGAGAGAUGUAUCGCCAAAUGGACGAAUUGCAGCAGUCCAAGAAGGAAAUUGAGCAAAUAAAGCAGGAGUUGGCCGAGCGCGACCGUGAGGUGCAACGCCAAAUGGACGAGUUACACAAGACCAAACUUGAGAUCGAUCUAUUGAAACAGCACUUGGCAGAUCGCGAAAAGGAGUUGCAUCGCCAGAUGGACGAGGCCCUCAAGGCCAAGCAUGAGCUCGAACUCAAGAAUAAGGAGGUCGCUACAUUGAAGAAGCAGUUGUCCGAGCGCGACAUAAAGCAGCUCAUAAGUGCUGAGAAGAUGCAGGAUUUGAUUACUGAAAACUCCGAGCUGAAGACCAGUCUCCGUGAGCAGCGCAAGAUCGCCAACAAGGCGAAGCAACUGGUCACAACACGCGAGCAGGAGCUGGUGAACUGCUUGACCGAGAAACAGGGUCUCCUGGUGAAACUUAACGAACUUCAGCCGGAGCUGAUUGCCCAAAACGAAGUGGUGAAGGAAGCAACUGUGACAAUUAAGAAUCUCCUGAUGAACACGGACUUGAACGAGCAGGCCUCACGUAAAUUGGUGAUGGGCUAUAGGGCAGCUCUGAACCAGUCUAGAGCCGAGAUUCGCAACAUUACUGCAAGCAUGGAGAAGUUUAACUCGAAUUAUAUUCCCAGGGGAUGCCCUGCCGAUAGCAGCAGCAGCAGCUCCAGCAGCUCGAGCAGCUCCAGCAGCUGCCAGAUGACCCCAUUGGAUCUAUCGAUGCACGAUCUAUCGAGUGACGCUACCCAGACUCCUCAGACUCCACAGACCGAAGACGCUCAGCCAGUGCAGCCCAUUGAGAAAUGCGAGCCUGAGCCGACCUCUAGCCAGGGCGGGUCAGGUGAGCAUGCUCGUAGUUCAGCCAAGUCCCGGCGACCCGGACUUCGUCAAUUUGUUAAGUGCUGGGGACGCCCAUGCCCGAAGUGAUUUCCCGAGUUAACCAAAAAGUUCAUUUUAGUUCAUUUUCCCGUUCUUGAUUAUUGUGAAAUAAAAAAUUGAUCGCUGCGUCAGACAUUUGUCUUGACUCAAUAGCUUCUUGGCCA